AUGGGAUCUGAGGUCAAUGAGGUCAAGACGGCCGGAAUGGGACAGGAGACGGCUGAAAUCCCUUCCGAGGGCGUGGUGUUCGCCUAUGACACCACCAAGCGACACCUCAAACCCCGUCACAUUCAACUCUUGGGUAUUGGCGGUACUAUUGGAACGGUUCUAUUUGUUGGGAUUGGUCGAGGUUUGAUCAAUGGAGGCCCGGCUUCUCUCUUGAUCUCCUUCACCUUUUGGUGUACGACCAUAUUGGCGGUGACAAAUUGUCUCUCAGAAAUGAUUUCCUAUUUACCCAUUCCGUCACCAUUCAUUACGCUGGCCGGUCGAUUCGUGGACGAUGCUUUCGGCGUGGCCACGGGCUUCAAUUUCUUCCUCCUCGAGGCGUUUUUGGUUCCGUUCGAGCUCACCGCCAUCAACAUCGUCAUCCACUUUUGGACCGACAAGAUCCCGGUCGCGGCCGUGGUGGCCAUCGGCCUCGUCCUUUACGCCCUCAUCAAUGUUUUCGGGGUCAAAUACUUCGGCACCACGGAAUUCUACCUUUCGAUGCUCAAGAUCCUUUUGGUUGUUGGACUGACCAUGUACACCCUGGUGACGAUGAGCGGAGGUAAUCCGACCCAUCACGCUUAUGGCUUUCAAAAUUGGUCGAUCGGUGGAUCAUUCGUCGAAUACUACACCACCGGGGCAACGGGUCGAUUUCUGGGAUUCCUGCAGACCCUGGUCCUGGCCACCGUGACCGUGACCGGACCGGAAUUGGUGUCCAUGGCAGCCGGCGAAGCAGAAAACCCGCGCAAGGUGAUGCCCCGGGCAUACAAGGCUGUCUUCUGGCGCCUCGGUCUGUUCUUCGUUCUCGGCGCGCUCUGCGUCGGCAUCGUGCUCCCCGCCAACUCGGUCGAGCUGGCCGAGGCGUACGCGACGUCCGGCUCCAACGCCUCGUCCAGCCCGUACGUUGUCUCCAUGCGUAACUUUGGCAUCCCCGUCCUCCCCCACAUUGUCAACGCCGUCCUCGUCACGUCCGCCUUCUCGGCCGGGAACGGCUACUUCUUCGCCGCCACCCGAACCCUGUACGGCCUGUCUCUCCGCGGCAAGGCACCUAGGAUAUUCAGCAAGACCACAAAGAAUGGGAGUCCCAUCUACUCGGUCGCCGCGGUGCUGGCCAUCGGGACCCUGGCUUUCAUGCAGGUUUCAAACUCAUCCGCCAAAGUGUUUUCGUGGAUUGUGUCAUUGGUCACUGGUGGCAUGUUGAUCAACUACGCUGCCAACUGUUACACGUAUCUGAAAUUCAGAAAGGCAUGCCUCGUGCAAGGGCUGCCUCGAGAGAAAUUGCCAUAUGUAGGCUAUCUUCAGCCGUAUAUGGCCUACUAUGGGAUUUUCUGGUGCACAGUCAUGAUCUUGCUCAACGGAUGGACAGUCUUUCUUAACGGCAACUGGGACACACCAUCUUUCUUUUUUUCUUACACCAUGGUCGGCGUAUUUCCAGUGGUCUACGUAGCCUGGAAAGUCAUCAAGAGAACCAAGAUCAUCCCGUCUGACCAAGUGGAUUUGAUGCUCGACGUGGCAGAAAUCGAGGCAUACGAAGCCUCCUACGUCCCUCGCAGAUCAACGUAA